UGAAUUUGGUGUCUCUCUUCCUUAAUUGUACUCCCACUUAUUUUUUGAUUAGUUUUGGAGGUUGAUUCUUCUCCUUCUUUGUUACUAUGUUUAUUACGAAAGCCCAACUUUGGUAAUUCAACCAAUUACUUAAGAUUCUUUACAAUCUUUUUUUUUCUUAGGUUUUUUUUUUUUUUUAAUUAGGAGUUUUUAGCAGAUUCUAAUCAUCCAAAGGCCGUUGAAUCAGGGAUGGCAACUGGGCGGGUUUAGUUUUGUAAAAAGAAAAAUAGAGCGGUUGCGGGUUAAAUGAACAUCGAAUCAGCAAAGCUAAGUUAGUUAGCUUUGCAAAUGAUCCAGUAAAGCUUAUCUUCAGGCAUUCAAUUCUGAUACAAUUAUUUUUUGAUUCUAGAGUCUUAUUUUGAUAGGUAUAGUAAAGAACAAUGAAGACGGAUCAAUGGAGCUUGAUCUAAUUGAAGCUGCAAUUCGAGAUGCUGGCUUCUAGAUAUGUUAUCCAACCACUAGGCUUAUCUGCUUGGAAAACUCAAAUACACACAUUGCACGAGUGCAGCUCAGGAGGCAUAUGGCUUUCUGCAGAGUAUAUAGACAAAGUUGGAGAGCUAGUGAAGAAGUAUGGUCUGAAGCUUCACAUUGAUGGAGCUCGUAUAUUCAGUGCAUUAGUUGCACUUGGAGUGCCGGUUCAUAGGCUUGUACAGGCUGCUGAUUCAAUUUUGGCACUUGGAGUGUCGGUUCAUAGGCUUGUACAAGCUGCUGAUUCAAUUUUGAUGCAGAAUUCAUUGAAAUCAAGAAAAUUCAUGGAAAGCUUGAAGAAAGGUCUUGCGAAAUGAAGUAGUUUGUGGGAUUAAAUUAUAUUAAAGAUCCAGUUGAUAAGGUGAGGUCUGUUAAGGCGAUUCCAUCAGCAAAGCUGUCAAUAGAGUUGGAAAUAACAGUUGAAUAUUUUCAUUUGUUCCAACGAAGUGGAAGGAGCUCACAGGAUAUUAGAAAGAUGCAAUGAUUAAUUACAUUGUGUUUUCGAGAAAAACACAUUUUUGUCAUAGCACAUUAUUUUGUCAUAAAUUGACUACUUUUGUGACAAAACAUUGUUUUUUCCUAGAAUUGUCUUCUUAUAAAAAAUAUAAUUCAUUCUUUAUUUUAUCACAA